GCGAGACCUAUGCUAGGAAGGGGCGGAUGCGCAAGGCUUCUCGCGGCCUCUGCGGAUGGAGAAGACCGGUAACGGCAAUGGCUUCGACGGCUACGGCAACUGGAGGAACGGUUUCGGGCGCACCACCGGCCAGCCAUGCGGCAAAUGUUACCUCGGUUAGCAAGAAAAAAGAUGGUGGCCCUUCCUCGAAAUUUUGGGAAAGUUCGGAAACGGUCUCGCAAUUGGAGUCUGUUCGCAUGUGGAUUGGAAAGCAUUAUAAAAAGUAUGUCCAGACAGACUCUCCUUCCAACAAGUCUCUGGCUGGGCUCGUGGUCCAACUGCUGCAGUUCCAGGAAGAUGCCUUCGGCAGGAGAGUGAGCAACCCUGCUCUCACCAAGCUGCCAACCAAAUGCUUCCUGGACUUCAAGGCAGGGGGCGCUCUGUGUCAUAUCCUGGGCUCAGUAUACAAGUUCAAGACUGAACAAGGCUGGCGCAGGUUUGAUCUGCAGAAUCCCUCCAGGAUGGACAGGAAUGUGGAGAUGUUUAUGAAUGUGGAGAAGACCCUCGUGCAGAACAACUGCCUGGUGCGGCCGCUCGUGUUCCUGGCCCCAGAAAUCGAGCAGAAACAGGCCAGCAAGCUCAAGGACAUCAUUAAGAGACACCAGGGGUCUGUCACAGAGGAGAAGGCUAAAGCCACACACCACAUCUACCCGUCUCCAACCUCAGUGGAGGAAGAGGAGUGGCUUCGCCCGGUCAUGCGCAGGGACAAGCAGGUGCUCGUGCACUGGGGGAUGUACCCGGACAGCUAUGAUACCUGGGUGUCUACCAGUGAUGUGGAGGCAGAUGUGGAAGACCCACCCAACGCAGAGAAACCCUGGAAGGUUCACGCCAAGUGGGUCCUCGACACGGACGCCUUCAACGAGUGGAUGAACGAGGAGGACUACGAGGUGGACGAGAGCAGGAAGGCUGUGAGCUUCCGCCAGCGUGUCUUCCCCAAGGAGGAGGAGUCUCCCCGUACACUCCACCGCAAGGAGCGCAAGGCGGCCGCUGCAGGGAAGAAGAGGAGGCGCUCGCCGUCCCCCUCCUCAGAGUCCCGCAAGAAAGGGGCCAAGAAAGGUAGCGCCGGGCCGUACUCUAAACGCCGCGGGCAGCGGGAGGAGGAGGAGCCAGAGGAGGACCUCACCAAGGACAUGGAGGACCCCACCCCUGUGCCCAACAUGGAGGAGGUCACCCUGCCCAAGAACGUGAACCCUAAGAAGGACAGUGAGAACACUCCAGUGAAGGGAGGCAUAAUGGCUGACCUGGAUGAACAGGAGGAUGAUUCCAUGCUCUCUGGAGGCAAGGACGAGGACGAGGGCAAGGGGGAGAUGGGUCGGCUGCUGGACUCGGGCGAGGACAACGUGACGGAGCAGACGCACCACAUCAUCAUCCCCAGCUACGCCUCCUGGUUCGACUACAACUGUAUUCACCAGAUUGAGAGGCGGGCGCUGCCAGAGUUCUUCAACGGGAAGAACAAGUCUAAGUCUCCGGAGAUAUACCUGGCCUACCGUAACUUCAUGAUUGACACGUACCGGCUGAACCCCCAGGAGUACCUGACCUCCACGUCCUGCCGCAGGAACCUGACCGGGGACGUGUGCGCCGUCAUGAGAGUGCACGCCUUCCUGGAGCAGUGGGGGCUGGUGAAUUACCAGGUGGACGCGGAGAGCCGGCCCCUCCCCAUGGGGCCCCCACCCACCCCCCACUUCAACGUGCUGGCGGACACGCCCUCCGGCCUGAUGCCCCUCCAGCACCGCCCCUCUCAGGUGUCCGCGUCCCAGCAGAUGCUCAGCUUCCCGGAGAAGGGCAGAGAGAAGCCGACGGAGCUGCAGAACUUCGGCCUCCGCACCGACAUCUACGCCAAGAAGAACCCCAAGAGUAAAGGAGCCAGUGCAGGCCGGGAGUGGACCGAGCAGGAGACCCUGCUGCUCUUGGAGGCCCUGGAGAUGUAUAAGGACGACUGGAACAAGGUGUCGGAGCACGUGGGCAGCCGCACGCAGGACGAGUGCAUCCUGCACUUCCUGCGGCUGCCCAUCGAGGACCCGUACCUGGAGGACUCGGACGCCUCCCUCGGUCCGCUGGCCUACCAGCCAAUCCCCUUCAGCCAGUCGGGAAACCCCGUCAUGAGCACCGUCGCCUUCCUGGCCUCCGUGGUCGACCCCCGAGUGGCAGCUGCUGCAGCCAAGGCAGCCUUGGAGGAGUUUUCGCGGGUGCGAGAGGAGGUCCCGCUGGACUUGCUGGAGAGCCAUGUGAAGAAGGCGCAGGAGGGGCCGCGCGCUCUGUUCAGCCUGGAGGCCAGCGGCAUCGCCGGCACUGCCCCGGAGGAGCUGGAGAACGCCGGAGCAGCAGAGCCGGAGAAGAUGGAGGUGAACCCCGAGUCCCAGCAGCCUGUCAAGGCUGAGGACAGCGAGGAGCCGGAGAGAUCCAGCCAAUCGGCAGAUAGACCAGCGGAGGGAGACCGGCUGAAGAACGAGAGCAGUGAGCCGGCGGAGAGAGAAGAGGCCGAGGGCGAAGGAGUUCAGGAGGGCAAGACGGAGAGGGAGAAGGAGGAGGCCAUGGACACAGCCCUGAUCCCCAGGGAGGGAGAGCGGGAGGAGGGCAGGCGGAGGCUGGAGUCAGAGCUGGGGGAGGGGAACGUCGCCACGGCGGCCGCCGCCGCCCUCGCAUCCGCUGCCACCAAGGCCAAGCACCUGGCGGCGGUGGAGGAGAGGAAGAUUAAAUCUCUGGUGGCUCUGCUGGUUGAGACGCAGAUGAAGAAGCUGGAGAUCAAGCUCAGGCACUUUGAGGAGCUGGAGACCAUCAUGGACCGAGAAAAGGAAGCGCUGGAGCAGCAGAGGCAGCAGUUGCUGUCGGAGCGGCAGGCCUUCCACCUGGAGCAGGUGAAGUACGCUGAGAUGAAGGCCCGCCAGCAGAUGGAGCAGCAGCAGCCUGCCGCCGCCCCCCCCGGCCAGAACCCUGGGGGCCAGCAGGGCUACCCCAGCAUGCACCACUCCGUGGGCCCCCACCACGCUCCACAGACAUGGUCCAUGGGGGGGCCCGGCCAAGACAUGUCAGGGCGCAUGAUGCCUGCUGCACCCCCUGGUGGCCCGCAUCAGCCUCCAAUGAUGGGGUCCCGGCACCCCGGAGCCACAAACGGCAUGUACCCGACUCCGCCCCCCGCACAGCCUGAUGGGACAGCGGCUGCUCCCAUCCAUUCAGGAGCUGAGAGCUAAAACUGGUCUCCUGAAACACUGCUCAACAAAACACCUGCACACAACCCUGUGUGAUACCUGCAAUUACACACACACUCACACAAACACGCAUUCACGCACGCACUCACUCACACACGCAAUCACUCCCACACACACACACACACGCACAUACUUACAUAUGUACGUACACACACACACGCACGCGCACUCACACAUACUUGCACACUCACACACAGUCACACACACACACAAGCACAUGUACAUUCCAUGACAGACUUACUUCACUGAAGGGUUUUUAUUUUUCUUGUAGAAUACAUAAGUACGUACGUACACACACACACACACACACUCAAACACAUACUUGCACACUCACACAGUCUCACACACACACACACACACACACACAUACAAGCACAUGUACAUUCCAUGAUAGACUUACUUCACUGAAGGGUUUUCAGUUUUCUUGUAGAAGAUAAAAGUAGCAUCUCUACUAGCAGGCAGCUUUGAGGAUGCUUCUGCCCGGUUGAGUUUCUGCUUAGCUUUGGACGCUGCUGCUUUUCUCCCAUUGUGUCUCCUGGAGGGGUCCGGCGAGGCCUGCUGUGACCGACAGGCAGACAGACAGAUAUAACCCAUAAUGCACCACAGGGCUCGGCCUUGCGCUCUCCCCUGGCUGUGCUGGUCCUUCUCGCUCCACACAGGUGCCGCUUUGUGAAACGCGCACUGGCCGCCUGUCUCUCUCUGCUCUGAUUUAGUUUGGGAGGAUUCCGCUUUUUCAGUUUGCCCUUUAAUGUCCUCUUAAUCUACUCUAGGAUUUGUGUCGUUGCAUUUUCUUUGUCCAAUUUGAAAUCGAAAUUUGCUUCUCGAGUUUCAGUGUCCAGUGCAGCUGAAACCUGUACACUGGAAAAUCCGCUUUUAAAAGGAUGCCAGCCAAAAUACCAUUUUAGAAGGUACACUAAUGAAAGAACCGCUCUCCACAAUGUUUCAAAAUUGUCUUGAAAAAUGGGAAAUCUUUGUGAUGCUAGAAUUCAAAAGUAAGCAUGCGGUGGAUAUUUACAAAAAAAAAAGAUUCUGUCCUAACUUAGCAACCGUCAAUUUACAGAACAAUUUUCAAUUUUUCAAAUAAAAUUUCAGAGAGGAAUAUUUUGAGUUUUUUUGCGCUACAGGCAAUCUUUAACAAAAAACAGCCAUAGUAUAUUUAAUGACCGGUUAAGUAAAGUGCCAAAUGGUUUCUGUUUAGUCAUUUUGAAAAGCUUUUGCACUUUUGUUUAUCAGUGAAAAUUUUCCCACUGGUUUGCUUUAUGAAAGCAGCACUUGUUUGUCUCAUAUAAAUCCAAUGUGUAGCUAUGGAAUAGGCUUCUGAGAAAUAGCCACACGCUGCUUCUUCAGUGGCAUGCAUUUGUGUGAGCUUACGGUUUUGUCUGUCAGGUUUUUUACUGUUCCGAGUGGGAAAAGUCCUUAUCUUUUGAUGAAUGCCUUCCUGUUCCCCUUGAAGUUGGUGUGCAUAUACACGGCUGUGUAAAAGGCUUAGGAGUAUUUUGUAUUUGUCUACUCAAAUAAGAUGGCAAUUCGUUUUCAUUUCAAAUAUAUUUCUUUUUGAACUUUCUGCUACAAUUAACAUGUUUGUUCAUUACUGAAAAUUUGGAUUUGGAGGCUUUUUGGAUUGCUUUGCUCAAUUUUUGAGUGCAGGUCUUUUAUGAUUGUGUAUACUAUAUAACAAAAUUAAAGCUUUGUGUUUAAGGUAAAUGCACCUGCAUGAAAAGUGUUUUAUUUAAAUAAUCUCUAUAGGAAUACAGUAAAGUGUGUAGGUAAUACAGUAUACAUAGUAACUACCCUGUCCUUUAAAACGGGACAGUUUUUGGGAAGGCCAAAAUCAUUUUGUAAUAAACCCUUUCAGAAUUAUGUCUUUCGACAUUCCAAAGAUCAUGUUGCUGUUGUUCAUCCAGAAAUUCACGUAAGUCACACUGUGUGCUUCUGACAGGCAGUCUGUGGAGUCUUUCUAGAAUAAUCUGACCCUCUGCACAGACUCUUAGUGUAUGGCCUGCCAGUGUGGAGUCUUUCUAGAAUAAUCUGGCCGUCUGCACAGGCUGUUUCAGAGUAUGGCCUGCCAGUGUGGAGUCUUUCUGGAAUAAUCUGGCCGUCUGCAGGCUGUCUUAGAGUAUGGCCUUAGGUGUCAGCAGGCUGCCACUGUCCACCUGGAUUCACCUGAGUGGACCUGCAUUCCUUGCAGUGUCUGUUGCUUGUUCCUGGGGUCAGCUUCACUUUCAACCCUAUCCUCUCCUCUCCUCUCCCCUCUCUGACUUCCAGAAUGGGUCAUUAUAUAAUGGCAGAAACCAGAAGAGCAUUUUCCUUUGUGUGCUGUUAUUUUUGUGCUCUUGUGUCUUUUACUGUCCUCUUGUUUUUUGUAAUAUUGAUCUCUGCCUAGACUCUCUCUGUUCUUGAAAGUUUGUAUCUUUUUGUAUUGUUGAAUUCAUACCAUCGCCGUUGAAUAAAAGAUUUUUUAUGGUA